AUGUCGAACAAAUCGUGGAUUGCAUCCACGAUAGAUUUUAUUUUCUGGAUUGCCUUAAGAGCAGCAGCAGAACACAUGCUGUCUGGAUUACGAACUGCACUAGAUUUCGCUGCAGUGGUGAAGAAUUUCUAUAAUGGUGAUAUCCUUAGAGGAGUAAUAAACUUACUCUUUGGAGUUUUAGGCCUUGUUACUCUUAGUGCAUUGACCGCUGUAGAGGAUGUAGCAGCACAAACUAUAAAAGAGGCUCUGGUUCGUGGUGCUAAAACAAUAACGCCGACAACUGAAAGGAGAGCGACCAAUGAGGUUGGAAACGAUCUAGUUGCAAGGAAUUUGGCAGUUGAAGAGGUGUUUUUCAGAGAUGUGACCACGUUUACCAGAAUGAGAAAAGUCGCGGUUUUAGCGACUUCUGAAGGCAUAGGUGUAUUAAUUGUCGAAAGCUUCUCAAUAACCCAUUAUUCUCGACGGUAG